AUGAGUUCUUCAUCAAGCUCUCGCGAACCUUCACCAUCUAUGAAACAAACUUUACCAAACGAUUAUGGAGCACCUAUUGAAUAUUUCUUACGAGCUGCACAAUGGCAAAGAGCAGUCUCACCAAGGUUAGGUGUUCCACCAGCUCCUGUCAAAAAUAGCAUUUGGUCAAGUCCUUAUAUAAAAUAUGGUCUCCCACUAGGUUUGCUAGCUACAGCAGGAGCAGUUAUGAUGUUGAAAAGAAAUAAAGCAAAUGUUGUAAAUAAUACUGAAGUAGCUGAAGUUAAACAAACUCCAACACCUUCGCCAAAACCAACGCCUUCGCCAAAACCAACGCCUUCGCCAAAACCAACGCCUUCACAAGCAAAACCUUCAAUGACUCCUGAACCUAUGGAAGUACAAACUCCUGUUCAAAAGUCAACUCCUAAACCGACUCCAACAUUUAAACCAGAACCUACUUCUCAAAUAAAUCGUAAAACUCCUGCGUUUCCUUACUGA